AGGCCGCACAGGGCCUGCUACGACUGAAGGAACCCCGCUGAGGCGGAGGGGACGCCAGAGGCACUGCGCCAUCCCGCCUGGGACCUGCCGCCCGGGAAGUUACAUGAUGUUGACGGAAGUGCUGAUAAGCCAAACGAAAAUGUUGAAGAGACAGCCGCCUGGUGGUCUGCGGAGGCAUUUCUGGGGAUGGUUAAAUGCAGUAUUCAAUCAGGUUGACCAGGAACGAAUCCAAGCUGUUGGUCCAGAUAGAGCGGCUUCAGAGUGGCUCCUUCGGUGUGGUGCGUCAGUGCGCUACCACGGCUAUGACAAAUGGCAACAAGAUUACAAUGCACUCCCUCUGGGGCCGCUGGAGAAAUAUAAGAUCCAAGCAAUCAAUGCCACAGAAUCUUGCAUCAUGAACAGGGGAUUUGAUUAUUUGGAUGGUCUAACACAUCUUGAAGAAAUAAAAUUUUGCAAGUGCAUCUACAUUGAGGAUGCCUGCCUGCAACGGAUUAGCGAGACUCCAAGCCUGCAGAAGAGCCUGCUGCGUUUGUUUCUCAUCUCUUGCGGGAACGUUACAGACACAGGCAUCAUUGCAUUGCAUAAGCUCAGCAACCUGGAAUAUUUGUUCCUGAGUGAUCUGCCAGGGAUACGAGAGAGGGAAAGAACAGUUCAGUCCCUUAAGAAAUCAAUGCCGGCACUAGAGUUGGAAUUAGACUUGGAAUGAAAUCCUUGCCAUUCAAUGUCGCAUCAUUUGCAUCAUUAAAUCUGUGAACUGAUCCUGUGAGCAGCCCAUGGUUAUUGUGGAAGUCCUUGGCUACUUAAGAGAAGAAUGCUACAGACAGAAGCAUGCAAGGCACAUAGUCUGCUCCUUAAGCUCCAAUACUAUACAGAAUCCCAGAAUGUAUGGAAAAGAUGAGAAAUAAGUCUCUGUUCUUAAGGGUCUUUUAUGUUUUUGUUGGAAAAAUUGACACUAUGGGGUAAAUAUAGAGAUUGCUGGCCCCUAUAGUCAUAAUUAAAAGUGUUGUGAA